AUGAGGAUCACGUUGAGCAACUCCAAAGUGUUGCUUAUAGUGGGGAUUUAUCGACCUCCUUCAGGUAGUCUAGCCCACACCAGACAAGCUCUUGAGAUACUAGCGGAGAUCCUGGAUCUACUUCCUACAAAUAAUAAUUCGCAUGUCUUACUCAUUGGGGACAAAAACAUUAACGAUCUCGAAUCAACAACUGAGAGAAGCAUGUUAAAUGAGCUCCUGGCAUCUUUUUCCAUGGCAAGAAUACAACUUCCACCAACCAGGAUCACCCCAACUUCGGCUACCUCCAUCGAUGCCGUUUGCACUGACUUGAACUUGGACCAAGUAACGGUACGGGUGGUUGCUACUGGAAUCUCGGAUCAUACCGGACAGCUGUGCUCACUGCAGCUAACGAUCUCUCUCAAGAAACCCACCAUUGUAUCCAGAAGAAUCACUAAUCUCACCAACUUGACCCAGUUAAAAAAUCGUUUGGCUCUGGAAUCUUGGGAUCAUUUAUUAGGCUGCAGUGACACGAACGAUGCAUAUAACAAUUUCAUUGCAACAGUUACAUUGAUCCUUGACCUUACUUGUCCUCCGAGAAAAUCUAGGAGUGGGAGAAACAAAAGAAGAGAAAUUUUCUGCAGUGAAGAGGUCAGAGAAUUGAAGAGAAGGUUCUUGGAAGCCAACAAUCAAUAUCUUCUCAGUGGAGGCCAUGGAGAUAGAAUAAGAGCGAACACCUUAAAAAAGUCAUAUGACCUAAAACUAAAAGAGCUUCGUCGCACCUUUAACUCCAACCACAUCAGCACAUCCUAUAAUAAAAGCAAGGCCAUCUGGGAUGUGAUUAACUGCGAGCGAAACCCUAACAAAGUCCCACAAACUGAAAUAAAAUCCUUGUCUGUUGACGAAGUGAACAUCACGGAUCCUGAUGAUAUUGCUUCCUGUUUUAACCAGUUUUUUGUCGAUAUUGCGGAAAAAACUCUUCAGUCUUCGGCUGUUGCCUCAAGUCACUCACCUCCUACUCCAACUGUCGAGGAAGUCUACAACGGCCUAGUAAAACUGAAUGAGUUUACAGCUACAAACGAGGCGGAAUUGGUUAGGACGAUCGACUCUAUAAAGCAAAACCCCUCUGUUGGCUUGGACGAGAUCUCUUCCAGAAUGGUAAAGUUCUGCAAGGAGGAGCUUCUGGUGCCACUUGUACACAUAUGCAAUCUUUCCUUUCAGCAGGGGUGUUUCCCUUCUAAACUAAAAGUGGCUAAGGUUUUUCUUCUCCAUAAACGAGGGAAACAAGAGGACAUGGGCAAUUAUAGGCCAAUAUCGUUUGUUCCAACUUUCUCAAAGAUCGUCGAGAAGAUUGUCAUAACAAGACUAUUUCAUCACCUCAAUAUAAAUGGCCUUCUUACCAAAUGUCAGCAUGGUUUCAUGAAGGGUAGGUCGACACUGACAGGUUGGGUGGAACUUCUAGAGGACAUCAUCGACAAUAUAGAGAAUGGCUACUCUUUCUCCGGGAUCUUCGUCGACAUGAGUAAGGCUUUUGAUUGCAUAGGCCACGAAUUGAUUCUAUCAAAACUGAGUUUCCUGGGAAUAAAUGGAAGGGCUCUCUGCUGGUUCUCUGACUAUCUGGAAGACAGGUCAUAA